AUGGACCACCGGUGGAGGAUGGAUCCGUUGCUUCUUUACAUCAACGCAGCCCUCCUGGUUUAUUUCAACUGUGCCAGCUUGAGUCUGGUGGAUGCAGACAGCCCCUCUGCUCCAGUCAAUGUCACUGUCAAGCUCCUGAAGGCCAACUCGGCUGUGGUGACCUGGGAUGUUCUGGAAGAGGAAGUAGUCAUCGGAUUUGCCAUCUCCCAGCAGAAGAAGGACGUGCGCAUGUUGCGCUUCAUCCAGGAGGUGAACACCACGACCCGCUCAUGUUCCCUCUGGGACCUGGAGGAAGACACCGAAUACAUUGUGCACGUACAGUCUAUCAGCAUCCAAGGCCAGAGCCCAGCCAGCGAACCCGUCCACUUCAAGACCCCCCGGGAAGCUGAGAAACUGGCUUCCAAAAACAAAGAUGAGGUGACCAUGAAGGAGAUGGGAGAGAAAAAUCAGCAGCUGCGAGCAGGAGAGAUUCUCAUCAUUGUGGUGGUCUUGUUUAUGUGGGCAGGGGUGAUUGCCCUGUUUUGCAGGCAGUACGACAUCAUCAAAGACAACGAGCCAAAUAACAACAAGGAGAAAGCCAAAAACACGUCUGAAAGCAGCACCCCUGAGCAUCAGAGUGGGGGGCUCCUGCGCAGCAAGUUUCCAAAAAACAAGCCCUCAGUGAACAUUAUUGAAGCAUGA